GUGUUGCGAUAGGCAUUCUUCUUCUUCUUGGAUCUAGUGUUCUGAUUUGGAGGAAAUUGAAGGAAAGAAAUGUGAGAAAAAGAAAGGAAAAGUUCUUUCACCAAAAUCGGGGAUUGUUAUUACAACAGCUUGUCUCUUCUGAUGAAACUCUGGUUGAGAGGAUGAAGAUCUUCACACUAGAAGAGCUAGAGAAGGCGACCAACAAUUUUGAUAGUACUCGUGUUGUUGGUAAAGGAGGCCAUGGCACUGUUUAUAAAGGAAUUCUAUCAGACCAACGGGUCGUUGCUACCAAAAAGUCAAAGAUAGCAAAUCAGAAUGAGUUAGAUCAAUUUAUAAAUGAGAUGGUUAUUCUUUCUCAAAUCAAUCACAGGAAUGUGGUUAAGCUGUUUGGAUGUUGCCUAGAAUCCAAAGUCCCCUUGUUAGUAUAUGAAUUUAUCCCUGGUGGAACUCUUUUCAACCAUCUCCAUGAUAGCCAACACUUUGCUCCUCCAUCAUUGCAAGAUCGAUUAAGGAUUGCUGCUGAAAUUGCAAGUGCACUAUCCUAUCUACACUCGGCUGCUUCAAUAUCAAUUUUCCAUCGAGAUGUCAAGUCAGCUAAUAUAUUACUCAAUGAAAGCUACACUGUAAAGGUAUCAGAUUUUGGUGCUUCAAGGUCUGUUCCUUUUAAUCAAACACGUGUAACCACAGCCGUUCAAGGAACAUAUGGUUACUUGGAUCCUGAAUACUACCAAACAGGCCAACUAACAGAGAAAAGUGAUGUUUAUAGCUUUGGAGUCAUUCUCCUGGAGUUGCUAACUAGGAAGGAUCCAAUUUCUUACAGCAGACAUACAGAGAGAACUCUAACAUUGGAUUUCAUUUGCGCCUUAAGGGAGAAUCAUCUCUUUGAUAUUUUAGACCCCCACAUUGUGGGAGUGGGAGGAGAAAAAGAGAUUGAAACAGUUGCUACUCUUACUGAAUUGUGCCUCAGAUUGAAAGGGAAAGAAAGGCCCACAAUGAAGGAGGUGGAACAAAAACUUGACACCAUGCGAAGGUUAGGAAAAUCAAAGCAUGAUUUCGAUGUUUUACAAAAUGGUGGAAUGGCAGCAGACUUGCCAAGCAAGAUACCAGUUGAAGGCAGUGCUAGUGGUACGACCAGACAGUACAGCCUAGAGAAAGAGCUCAUGCUGUCACUAGUAGAACAACCAAGAUGAUUUCACCGGGGUAGGGGCAAUAUGAAUGAAUGAUUUGUUGGAUACUAAAUCAAAGUUAGUAGUCACCUCAAUUGAAUCAACCUGCAUGGUAUUCUACAAGGUAUCCCAUGCGGUAUAGUCAAAGAGUCAACAAGUUAAUAGUACUGUAAGUCAAGCAUCAUGGCAAGUAAAGAGUCGCAUGAGCUAAAUAGUCAUGAACAAUUUAAUGCUAGUAUUCAUGAUGCAUCUUUUGGUUCCCAAGGGGUGUCUUUUAGAAUUCUAUGUUAAGUAUUAAUAGUAGUCCCCUAGAUACUCAAGUACAUUUAUGUAAGGAAUAUAUCAAGAGUUAUUAUGUAACUAUA